UCUUUUUCACGACCACAAAAUUUAAGCGAUUUGACAGGAAGAAAAAAGAAUUUGUUCAUAAGUGGUUUAACACUUUACUCUCUGUUAGCUGAUCAAUUCAAUAAAACGUCAUCUUCGGCCCUUUUUUUAAAAAUACAAAUUAGGUUGGUAAUCGCUUGUUCUGCAGCUGUUGUUUACAUCAUGGCGGUCCACGAGCAUACCUUUUUAAGUUUAAAUUGCUUUUUUAUGGGAGUUUCGUCAUGUCUUGGUCUUUUAAUUGUUCGAACUUGGACCCACAUAGCUGCGUUAUUGCCCGCUUUUCUCUGUGUUGACUACAUCUAUUUAAAGGGAUUCCUGCGAGAUGAGGAGUAUAGGGUUGGAGUUAGAGCUACAUUUCUAGGUGUUGUAUUUGCAAUUGGUGUUAUAAUUGUUGACCUCGGAUCCAGUCCCCUCAAACCUCUCGGAGUGCAUACCUGUGUGCUGUCUAUGUUUCACUUCUCUGAAUUUUUGGCCAUUGCAGUCACUAACCCAGGCACACUUUCCGUUCGCUCAUAUGUAUUAGACAAUGGUUGGGAGUAUAAGGUAGCUGCUAUAGCAUGCUGGCUUGAAUAUUUUGUGGAAUUUUAUCUUUUCCCAGGUUUAAAAACAACAUGGUACUUAAAUGCUAUCGGAUUGUUAAUGUGCGUCUCUGGUGAGUUUUUGAGAAAACUCGCUAUGUGGACUGCAAGCACAAAUUUCAAUCACGAGGUUCAGAGUGUACACAAGAAAGACCAUGUGCUCAUUACUGACGGAAUCUACAAGUACAUGAGGCACCCAUCAUAUGUAGGAUGGUUUCUCUGGUCUGUAGGAUCACAGAUUUUAGUUGUGAACCCCAUUUGUUUGAUUGGAUACACUUUUGUGAGUUGGUCAUUUUUCAACCAGCGAGUGUUUUAUGAAGAGAUAACUUUGCUGAACUUUUUUGGGAAUUCGUAUUACAAUUAUCAGCAGACUACAGGAACUGGACUGCCCUUCAUCAAAGGAUAUGUUCUCCCUGAAAGCGAUAUUGAUGCUGAUGACUCAAACACUUCUUAAGGCCAUAUAAUUUUACUUCACUGUCUCAUUGACCUUCCCCUACUUUGUGGUCAGCUCCAUAAAUUGUUUUCUCACAUUUUAGUUUGUACUUCCUAUUGUUAACUUCUUUUCUUCGACAAACUGUGUGACUGUAUGCGUUUAAUUAAUAAGCUAACUUGUGCCAAUGUAUACUUGCAUUUCAUGUGCCCAUUAAUAUUAUGUGUGUAUAAAUGUAUAGAAUGUCUAUGUGGAGCAUAAUUUUCUCAGGAAACGAGGCAGACCCUUAUCAGGUAUUACAAAAACAGAGUGGUAGUGUGAUGCCAUACAAAUGUCACAAACCAUGUAUCAAUUUUAAUUGUGUAUUUGUCAAAAAUGAGUUUCUAAUUUUCGAUUUGUUUUUAUGGGUGAAAAAUGACAUUAGGACAGCAAACCUAUUUUUGAACAAUUUGUACUUACCGUUAGAAGUAAGUACUAUAUGACUGACUCUAAUUUUAUGUUGUGUUUUUUCCAAUCAUUUCUCAUUUAGUACCAAAUUGUUAUUAUUAUUACCAAUUGAAACCUAAUGUAAUAUGUUGUUUGCUUACACUCUUGUAAUGUUUGUUUUGCUGUGGUAACCUGUGAUAUGUUUAGUUGUAUUAAAAAUUGAUUUUUGUCCCUUCAUA